AGGCUCCGCAGCCUGCUCGACCGCCUGCCCGAGCGGGAAAGGUACCUUUCCAACACGCUUAUUGGCGCGACGGAGGCCUGGGACAUCCGCAUCCGGCAGCGCGCGCGGGGCGCGGCCAGCGGCAGGGCCCCGAGCGAGCUGAAGCUGAUGGAGCUGCGCGCGGCGCUGAGCGGGGAGGAGGGCCCGGCCGCGGCCCCGGUUCCGGACACCGCACGGGCCGCGCUGGAGCUGCUGCUGGCCACCUUCAAGAGCAACGAGGAGGACCAGCGCGCCGUCACCACCGCCCUGCGCGCGGCAUCCAUGGCGCUCCCGCUGACCCGGUGGCGGUUCAAGGAGGCCGUGCUCAAAACGUUGGUGGCCCUGGGCGCCGACGCGUGGACGGUCACGGCGCUGCUCCUCCACGACCUGGACGACGGCCUGGGGCUGCCGUGGGCGUGCGUGUCGGAGGCGAUCACCAAGUGCAGGGCCCUCGGGGCCGAGGUGGUGUCGGUGAUCGAGGAGAAGAAGCGCCUGGAGCAGCUGGCGCUGCUGCUCUUCCUGAGGGCGUUCGCGCAGCGCGAGGACCACGCCGAGGCCUGGCCCGCGGCCUCGCAAUUCCUGCGGACGCUGUACCUGAAGCGCUCGGAGGACUUCCGGGGCGUGCUGGUGGAGAUCGCGGAGGUCGAGCAGAUGCUCCGGGACAUGCUUCUGAGGGCUCGCUCCUCCGAGUUCGAGGUUCCGCUUGAGGGGCGUGCGCUGGCGCGCUGCGUUCUGGACCUCCACGCUCCCCUCGCGCACGGGCUGGGCCUCGACGCCCUCGCGCGCAGCCGGGGCGGGGCGCCCUCCAGCGCCGGCGAGCGCCUGACGCCCUCGCUGGAGCAGAUGGCCCUCAGGCUCCACUUCCCAGUGGAGUACCGCAUGAUCGAGGACUGGAUGAGCCAGGAGGACGCGCUGCUCGGCCGCACGAUGGCGCGGUGCAUGACCGAGGUGCGGAGGGCGCUGGAGAGGGAGCCGUGCGUCUCGGACCUGGCCACGUUCUCGGUGAAGGGCAGGGUGAAGAGCGUAUGCAGCCUGGUGAAGAAGCUGCUGAGGCAGCGGGGCAUGUCACGCAUGGACCUGAAGGCGGAGGCGGUCAAGGACCUGCUGGCGCUGGAGGUCGUCGUCAUCCCAAAUCUCGACGCCGCCGUCCCGAACAAUCCAGAGUGGCUGGCGGAGGAUGGACAUGGCGGGAGCGCGCCGCGUGCUUCGCCGCCCUGGACGCGCUGCAGAACUACGCGAGGGAGACACGAGCGGCUGGUGGGUCCUCCCGAAGUCCACCAAGGACUACAUCACGAGGUCGAAGAGAAGCGGCUACAGGGCGCUGCACAUCACCCUGGGCACGAACGUGCUGGCGCUCCUGCCGAAGGCCUCCAGUCCAGCGCUGCGCAGGGCCCGGAGCGACACCACGAUGCCGUGCAAGCUCGAGGUCCACAUCUUCUCCGCUUCCAUGAAGCAGAAGGAGCGCCUGGGCUCGGCCGCGCACAACUUCUACAAGGCCUUCGAGCUCGCCACGGAGGACCUCUUCGCGGCCCUCGCGGACGCCUCCACCGGCGCGAUCGUGGCCGGGGACCUGCGGCGGGUGGCCUUCCCCGCGGAGGAGAGCUGGACCUCUGGGGCGAGUCCUUUGCCCCAGACUACGUCGACGGCGAGAUCCGGGAGCUCUGUGCCCCCAGCGACCGCACGAAGGAUGGGCGCCUGAGCCUCGGGGACGCUCGGCACGCCCAGAAGGCCGUGGUGCGGAAGCUGGAGGACUUCCAGCGGGCCCUGCAGCAGAGGCAGCAGCGAUGGUGGAUGCACGGCGUCCACGCCCCGGCCGCCUCCUUCCCGGCGGCCUCCGCUCCGAGCGUGACCUGGAGCUGGGGGAUCUUCCGCGGCAGCCCGGGCGUGCGCGACAAGGUGUCGAUCCUCGACCACGCCCUCGGGCUGGCCAAGGAGGCGCACGAGGGCCAGCUCCGGAGGUCGGGCGACCCGUACUGGACGCACCCGCUGUCCGUCGCCGACCUCCUGGCGCGGCUCCUGCUGCCGCCGACGGACGUGAAGUUCCCCGCGCGGGAGGGCCUGUCGGCGGCAGAGGCGCUGGAGAGCUAG